AUGCAACGCUCCUUCAGAUGGAGCUAUUUAAAUAUUAGCUAUGCAACAUUAGGUUUAGUAUCUAUAUUAUGUUUAGCUUACUUAUUUAUCCUGAUCUCUAUAAACUUUUCUGGGCGCACACAUUUAUAUGAAAAUUACAAUGAAUUAUCAUCACAAAUUAAAAAUUUACAAAUUCAGGUAGAAAAAUUAAAAUAUCGGUUACAUAAGCAAAGCGCUGAACAAAUUACAAUAAAUAAAACAUAUCCAAAAGUAAAAAGUAGAAAUGAAGAAAGUAGAAAAAGAAUUCUUGUUACAGGUGGAGCGGGAUUUGUUGGAUCUCAUCUUGUUGAUAAACUAAUGAGAGAUGGUCAUGAAGUUGUUGCAUUAGAUAAUUAUUAUACAGGAAGAAAAAGAAAUAUUGAACAUUGGAUAGGUCAUUCAAAUUUUGAAUUAGUUCAUCAUGAUGUCGUAAAUCCUUAUUAUUUAGAAUGUGAUGAAAUAUAUCAUUUAGCAUCACCAGCAUCACCACCACAUUAUAUGGCAAAUCCUGUUAAAACAAUUAAAACAAAUACUGUUGGAACUAUUAAUAUGUUAGGGUUGGCUAAACGUGUUAAAGCUAAAAUGUUAUUAGCAUCAACAUCAGAAAUUUAUGGUGAUCCAGAAGUUCAUCCACAAUCAGAAGAUUAUUGGGGACGUGUUAAUACAAUUGGACCAAGAGCAUGUUAUGAUGAAGGUAAAAGAGUAGCUGAAACUUUAAUGAUAGCAUAUCAUAAACAGGAAGGUGUUUCUAUUCGAAUUGCACGUAUUUUUAAUACAUUUGGUCCACGAAUGCACUUAUCAGAUGGUCGUGUUGUUAGUAAUUUUAUAAUUCAAGCUUUAGAAAAUAAAGAUAUUACUAUAUAUGGAGAUGGUAAACAAACAAGAUCUUUUCAAUAUGUUGAUGAUUUAGUAGAUGGUUUAAUAGCACUUAUGGAUUCAAACAUUACUAUUCCUGUAAACAUUGGAAACCCAGAAGAAUAUACAAUAAAUGAAUUUGCUUAUAUUAUUAAAAAUAUAACUAAUAGUUCAAGUAGAAUAUUACAUCUCGAACAUCAAGAAGAUGAUCCUCAACAACGAAGACCAGAUAUUAGUAGAGCUUAUGAUUUGAUACAUUGGAAACCAAAAUUUUCCAUGCGUGAAGGUUUACGUCAUACAAUUAAUUAUUUUAGAAAUGAACUUAGUGUUGAUAAUGAAAGAAAAAUACGUCAGUCAUUUAAUCUUCCUUAG